UCUAUUUCUGAUUUUCCUCUCCUCCAGACCGAAGUUCCUCUCCGUCUUUGCUUCGUCUCGUCUCCUUUGGGUCGACUCCCUCUUUUUUCUCUCUCUCGCCGCAUCCACCAGAAAAUACCUCUUUUAAACAAUGGUGGGGGAAAUGCUGACCUGUUUUCUCUUCUUAUUUAUUUACAUUCCCACAAGGUCCCUCUGUGACAGUGUCUUGGGGUGCGGAGGUUUCGUGAAAUCCGACGUCGAGAUCAAUUUCUCUCUCGUUGAGAUGAAACUGUACACAUUACAAGGAAGCAUAAAAUACCAAACAGACUGUGCCCCCAACAAUGGCUACUAUCUUGUUCCACUCUAUGAUAAAGGGGACUUCAUCUUGCAAGUUGAACCACCACCAGGUUGGAGUUUUGAACCAGAAUCUGUCCGUUUACAUGUAGACGGCAGCACAGACAAAUGCAGUUUAGGAGAAGACAUAAACUUCCAAUUCAAGGGUUUCUCCAUCCGUGGAAUGGUGUUGAGUAAAGGUGAGAAGACUGGUCCCGGAAAUGUGAAACUGAGCCUGAUGACUUCUGAUGGCUCUGAAGUAUUACAGACCACAGUGUCAAAAGAAGGGGAUUUUUAUUAUUUCCGGAAAGUUCUACCAGGGGAUUAUAUUAUAAAGGGCCAACACCCCAUCUGGAAGUUUGAGAAGUCUGAGAUUAAGGUGACAGUUGGUUCCGAUAAUGUCUUCAUCAGUGAGGACUUGGUCGUAGCUGGUUACGAUGUCAACGGCCACGUAUUUAGUGAAGGGGAACCUAUUAAAGGUGUCAAUUUCUUGCUCUAUUCUGAUACAGUAGACCCACAGUUAGUCACCGAUUGUGAGAAGACCCCAGUGAAAAGUUUGAAGAAUGGGGACAAUUCCAUCUGCCAUAUGUCCUCGAAAGAAGACGGCACCUUCAGCUUUGCCUCUCUUCCAACUGGACAGUAUUACUUGAUUCCAUUCUAUAAAGGAGAACACAUCACUUUUGAUGUUGUUCCAGAGAAAAUGGUCUUCCAAGUGAAACAUAAUUCUGUGAUAUUACCCAAAGAAUUCCAAGUUGCUGGAUUUUCUGUGAGUGGUCGAAUUUUGGAUUCUGUUAAGGGUGCUGGUAUUGGAGGUGCCAAAGUAUCGGUUAGUGGCAAACAGAUGGCCGUAACAAAUGAAGAUGGUUCCUACCACUUGGAGAACAUGAAAGCUGGUAAAUACACCAUUCAAGUAAUGAGUGAGGAUAUUUUCUUUGAUGAGAUUAUGUUGAAAAUUACCCCUAACACACCCCAUCUCCAUGACAUCAUCGCAUCAAGGUUCAGUGUGUGUGGCAAAGUGAACAUAGAUGAGAUCCCUAAGGGCCUGGACCACAUGGUCUAUCAGCGUAAGGUAAUUGCCUACACCGAGGACAAGGCAGUGAAACUUCUUGCUGUGGACACGGAUAUGCAGGGACAUUUCUGUGCCAUGUUUAAACCAGGGAAAUAUAUUUUCAAGGCUUUCCUCAGUACUCAAGAAAUAAAAGCAGGAUUACAUUUGUAUCCUAGCGAGAAGCUUGUUGUGGUCACCAAUAAACCCGUGAAAGAUGUUGACUUCUCCCAGUUCCGUGCCAAAGUAUCUGGAGUUAUUACUUGUAUUGAAAACUGUGGCACAAUAGGAUUAUCUCUGGAUCCUAUUGGUAUGGUUGGAGAAGAUAAAAAAGUCGUAAUGCUAAAAGACUCACCCAAAAAAGCCAGUUUUGAAUUUGAGAACAUCUUGCCUGGCAAAUAUAAAGUGGCUCCUUUACAAGAUAACUGGUGUUGGAAGGAAAAGUCACAAGAGAUUGAAAUCACCAACAAAGAUGUGACAGGACUGGAAUUCUCCCAGACUGGAUUCAUAUUGAAAUGUGGACUUUCCCACGAAAUUACUUUGAAUUUUGCUCACGAGAACAAAGAAGGAAGUGUAGGUUCUUUUGCUUUGAAGAAAGGCACAAACAGAUUCUGUCUUUCUCAGCCUGGUGUCUACCGUCUCACUACAGAUUCCUGCCAUAGAUUUGAGAAAGACAUAUACACCUAUGACACGUCCCAUCCGGUGGUUCUCAGUCUGACUGCUGUGAAGCAUAAAAUGGUCGGCAUUAUUACAACUGAAAAACUGGACAAAACCAUUGUUGUGACAUUGAAGUCUUCACUCUUGAAAAGUCCGAUAGUCAUUGGUCCACUUGAGUGUGACAACCCACCAAAGAAAGAGUCCUCGGACAGUGAGGCAACAGACUCGGACACCCAGUCAGAACCUGCCCAGACCAGUUUUCAAUACCAUUUCUCUUACUGGGCCAAGAACAAUGAACAUCUGGAGAUCCAAGUUGCAUCUGAUGUGUUGUUAUUCUCUCCUAAUCACAUGGAAGUCACUAUCCAGGGAGAAAGCUGUCCUGGAGAAGUGGCCCACUUUGUCGGCAAGGUCGGUAUCUUCAUCACUGGCAUGAUAGAACCAGCUCUGCAAGGGGUCACUGUCGUGGUGUCUUGUGACGAUCCUGUUACUAUGGCGCCGACCACAUUGCUAACAGACCAGGAUGGAGUCUAUCGCUUGGGACCUCUUCACGGAGACAAGAAAUACAGUGUGGAAGCGUCAAAGACUGGGUAUGUUUUGACCAAAGACCCACAAAACCCCAACAACUUUAAAGCUCUUCAGCUUGGAGAAAUAUCCGUCACGGUUGUUGAUGAGAACAACAACUAUUUGUCAUCUGUUCUGCUGUCCCUCAGUGGUGACAACCAGUAUCGCAGUAAUAACCUAAUCAAAGAAAAUGGUAUCAUGGUCUUCUCCUCAUUGAGUCCUGGACGUUAUUUCCUCCGACCCAUGAUGAAGGAGUAUCGUUUUGAACCUGCCAGUCAGAUGAUUAGCGUGGAGGAAGGGACCAGGAUCAACGUGAACAUCAAGGGAUUUCGUGAGGCUUACAGUUGCUAUGGACGUGUAAGUUCGCUGAACGGGGAACCAGAACCGGGAGUUCUUGUAGAAGCUGUCAGUGUGUCUGGUUCUGUCCAAUAUCAAGAAGAAAGUAAAACCGAACAAGAUGGAACCUACCGGAUUCGAGGUCUUUCACCAAAUGUCACCUAUAAGAUUCAGUUGAAGAAAGUUGAGAAUAACCAUUUGGAAAGAUCAGCACCAAAGUCCAGUCUACAUACGGUGGAGAACGAAGACUUGGUCAAUGUCAACAUCAUAGCAUUUCGACGGUUGAACCAGAUGGACAUCAGUGGAAAUGUGAUAACACCUAAUGAAUUCCUCUCUCAUUUAAAGGUUGUCUUGUAUAAAGAUGAAAGUCCAGAUUCUCCAACUUACAGUGUUACCCUGGGAGCUACAAGUUUCUUCUACCUACCAUCUCUACCAACAGACCACAAGGGGUACAACUUACGCCUGGAAAGUUCUCUUUCUCGUUCGAUGUAUGACUACCAACUCCCAGAAUACAACUUUGUGGCCGACACUGCGUAUAAACACUUCACCUUCAAGUUUGAACCAAAGCGCCGUCUCUUGGACCAAGAUCUUAACCAGACCUCUUUCUUGCUGUUACCAUUCGCUCUGUUGGUCCUCGGUGCCAUAUAUAUGGCCUAUAAAUUCCGACAUAAUUUAAGCAAGAUAUCUUUUAUAGACAUAAUAAACCAAGCUAGGAACCUCGUCUCCCAAGUGACAGCAGAACCAAGCAAUCCUGUUAUCACAGAAACUUUAUUAGCUCCUGAAAAUAAUCCAAGUAAACGAAGAUUCAAAUCAAGGAAAUCUGAUUGAUCCUUCAAACAUCUCUGGUUUUUUGUGUUUCAUUCCAUUUAUUUAUUAAUACUAUGUGUGUGCAUGUGUGUGUGUGUGUGUGUGUGUAACAAUUCCCUUUUUUGUGAGAUACAAAUAUUUUGGAGGGGGGGUGUAUUUUUGGUACUUUUUUGUACAUCAAUAAAUAAUCUGUACUCAUCAUGCCUGUA